AUGGCGUCAAGAAUGAGCAGAAGUUCCCAUGGUGGGAAACCCUUUUCUGCCAACAGAACUCGGGUAGAUACACCAAGUAAAACUACAGCCGAUGGCCAAAAAUACCCCGAAAUCAAACAACGUGGAUUCUACUCAGAUAUUAUUGGAACAGAAGCAAAUGUUACAGAUGCUUUGGAAGGACCCCUGACAGAUCAGGACACUUUAUGGAAUGUUGCCAAAGAAAAACACACACCAAAAGUGACAGCAUUUGAGGAGAAGACAGAUGUAUUAGAGACCUUGAAGGGUCAUGUGUAUGGCCCCAGUACAGAAAUCACAGCCAUCUCAGAUUUCCCCAUUCUGGCAUCAGAACCCAAAGUGCAGCUUCCAUACUAUACAAAGCCAGGGGACUGUCCUAGAAAGAUUGAAACUGAGAGGAGGAGACGCUUAUAUGAUACGUUAGACUUGAAGUCCCUGUUAAAGUCGGAGGGAAUUAAAACAGACCAAUUAAUGCCCAAAGAAAGUCAGUUUCCAGUCAAGUUAAAUGUGGAUCCUAAUGACCCUGCCCCCUUCCCUCCCUACCUCCCCCUCUACCUGUUUGAUGAUGAGGAGUAUGACAUCAGAACACCCAUGGAGUGGAUCCAUAAAGGAUAUGAUAAUGGACACAGAAAACCAGUCCCCGGGCAAGCUCUGCUGCCCAGCAAGGACUCCGACAAAGAAUUGGACCCAACAGACCCCAAGAUUGUGUAUGAUUGGUAUGAGGUUGGAGUACUGGAUUACGAUGAUGAGAACAAGUGUUAUCUUGUACAGAAAGUCAAUAGUCACGGUCGUGUGGUGGACGGAUCAGGGAAGCCGGUCAUUAAUGGAGGAGUGCAGGCUGAUGGUUCCCGCCAAGAGCUUCCAGGCCAGUAUUGGAUUCCACGUGUGAGGCUGAUGUUCAAGGGAGAGGAUCCAAGAGUUUUUACAAGGAGAGUGGUGGAUGCCUUCAAACUGAGAAAAGAAACAGAGGCAUUGAUCAGAUACAACCUCUAUGUGGACUGUAUGCCAAUGGAGGGUGUAGGAGAACUUGACCAGGCCUCACUGAAGAGAAUGAUAGAGGCCUCCAGGGAUGUCCGCGGACUCAAGGGAGAUAAACAACUGGAUGAUUACCUUCAGGUUCUGGAGAAGGAGGUUAACAUUGAUUUCUGUCGCUCCAUGAACAGGAUUAUUUUUGACAAGACCGUGGAGUCAGAUCCGUUCACUUUCGGAUUCGUUACACAACCAGGAGAAGCAGAGGAUGUGGUAGCUGAAAAAGGCUGUAUUGUUGACAUCCCUGAGUACCCGUUUGACAGUCAGUACGAUGACUUCACAUUUAACUCGCUGUUGACUCGAGAGGAGAGUAUCUCAGCCAUUGGAAUGGUGAGGACAGAGUGUAACAAGGUAGUCAUCAUGUCCCUGUUUCACAUCCCCACCACAAAACCCAUGAGACUGGAGGAGUUUGAGCAGACACAGGCCCAAGCCACAUCACAGGUGUCCUUGUUCCUGAAGGACAGUUGGAUCAGCACCCUAAGGAACGCCAUCAGAACCUCCCUCCGAGAUGUUGGCAAGGGAUGGUUCAACAUUCAUGAGAAAAACUUCCAGGUUUAUGAGAUCUCCAAACUCAAAAAGCUCAUGGAAAUGGUCAAAUUCAUCAUGCAGGAUUCCAUGCGCUACCUGAUUCAGGACUCACUAGUCAACUUCACCCAGAUGAUACUGGAUGCCAGCCACUCUACAUUGAAGCUUCAGGAAGACUUUAAGUGGGGAGAUGACCUCAUCAACAGCACUUAUAAACCCAAGAGGAAUGCUCUGUUCCUAGUGGAUCUAAUGCUGGACAAUCAGGGUGCCCAUUACAGCACAAACCUCAACAGUUUUGAGACCAUGUUAGUGGGACUGUUUGACAAGGCCAUUGGCUCCACUCAGAAUGUACCCCAGCUUGAGAAGUACAUACUGGAGGACAUUUUCUGGUCGGGGACCCCCCUUCUGGAGUCUGUGGGAGCUCACGAACCUCCGGUAGAGAAACUACGUAAACAAAUAAAGGAGGCCAUCAAUCAGGCCCUGAUCCCAAUGAAGGCAUACGCCAGGGAGUACGAGAGACAUCUAGAACUCAUGAAUCUGGAUAUCAACAAAUACAUAGCGGAUUAUGAGAAAAAGGAAGGCACCACCGCGGUGGAGGUCAAGCAGGAAGUGGAGAUGCACCUUAAAGAGAAAGAUAUUAUUGAGGCCACGAUUCCCAGUAACCUCGUCAUUGGACCAUUCUGGGUCAACACUGAGUCUGUCAGACAAACUCUGUCCAAGAAAAGGAAGAACCUUAGUAAUGCUAUGUUAGAACUGCUGGCCAGGAAACUCCGUGCUCAAGCUGAUGAUGCAUGUGAGGAGUUUAAGGAGAUCAAUCGUAAGCUGUACAAUAAACCAAACUGUGUGGAGGAGUUAUCUGACAUGAGAGAGUGGAUGAAGGGGAUUCCCGAAAGGCUUCAGGAACAUCAGGAGAAAAUUGACAAAGCCAUGGAUGAUUAUGAGCUUAUUGAAGAAUUCUACUACAACUUGUCUACAGAUGACUUUAAUGCCAAAUGGACAGCUAUUGGCUGGCCCCACAAGAUAGAACGCCAGAUGGAGCAGACCUAUGAACAGCUUGACCAGGAUGAGGAGCGAUUCCGUAAGCUGCAGGGCUCUGACCAGGCCAACUUUAAUGACCGACUGGACACUCUACAGAUGGUGGUAGCGGGUAUGGCUGCCUACACAGAUAUCAGCAAGGCCCACGAAAUCGCUAACGAGGUCAGGAGGGUAAACAAGCAACUGAAGGAAGCCCAGGGACUGGCCAGUACCUAUAAUAACCGUGAGAGGCUGUUUGGUAUGCCUGUCACCAAUUAUGAAAAGCUGUCCAAACUUGUGAAGGAAUUUGAGCCAUUCCGAAACUUGUGGCUGACGGUUUCUGAUUGGUUACGCUGGCACGAGAGCUGGAUGAAUGAUCCACUGAACGCCAUCAAUGCUGAAGAAGUGGAGAAGAAUGUCAACGACGCCUUCAAAACAAUGCACAAGUCGGUCCGCUUCUUCCAGGAGAUGCCUAAUGUCCAGCUGGUGGCCUCAGAGAUUAAGGGUCUGAUUGAGGACUUUAAACCCUACAUUCCUCUGAUUCAGGGACUGAGGAACCCAGGAAUGAGGAGCAGACAUUGGGAUCAGCUGUCUAAUGACAUUGGGUUCCCUGUGAGACCUAAGGCAAACCUUACCUUCAGUAAAUGUCUGGAGAUGAAGCUGCAGGACCAUAUGGCCACCAUCACCAAAGUAGCUGAAGUGGCAGGAAAGGAGUACUCUAUAGAACAGGCCUUGGACAAGAUGGAGAAAGAAUGGGAGAACAUUAAACUGGAGAUCAAGCCGUACAAGGACACUGGUACCUACAUGAUCCGGACCUCUGAAGAGACGUCUCAACUGCUGGACGAUCACAUUGUGAUGACUCAGUCAAUGUCAUUCUCACCGUACAAGAAACCAUUCGAGGACCGCAUCAGUAGCUGGGAGAACAAGCUGAAAACUACACAGGACGUUCUGGAUGAGUGGAUCCAGUGUCAGAGGUCAUGGCUGUACCUGGAGCCUAUAUUUUCCUCGGAGGACAUUAACAGACAACUUCCUGUUGAGAGUAAGAGAUACCAGACCAUGGAGAGGAUCUGGAGGAAACUGAUGAAGACAGCCAAAGACAACCCCCAGGUAAUUUCCCUGUGUCCAGACAAUAGACUUUUGGACAAUCUCCGGGAGUGUAACAAACUCCUAGAACAGGUACAGAAAGGUCUAUCUGAGUACCUGGAGACUAAGAGGAACGCCUUCCCACGAUUCUACUUCCUGUCUGAUGAUGAGCUGCUCCAGAUUCUCUCUCAGACCAAGGACCCCACAGCUGUGCAACCUCAUCUCAGAAAAUGCUUCGAAAAUGUUGCUAUGCUGAAGUUUGAGGAGGAUCUGAAGAUUACAAGGAUGUACUCAGCUGAGGGCGAAGAUGUCGCUUUUAUGGAGACACUGUACCCCACAGGAAACGUGGAGGACUGGAUGUUAGAGAUUGAGAGAUGCAUGAGAGAGAGUUUAAGGAUCAUCAUUAGGGACUCACUCAAAGACUAUAAAGAGACUAAGAGAACAGAGUGGGUGUUGAAGUGGCCAGGUCAGGUCGUGAUCGCUGGAUGUCAGACAUACUGGACCUCGGAGGUGACCGAGGCGCUGGAACAGAACUGUCUGAAGGAGGGAUACGAGAAACUGCUGAGUCAGCUGGAUGAUUUACGGAACCUCGUCAGGCUUGACCUGAAGAAGAUCGAAAGGAUGACCUUGUCUGCCCUCAUCGUCAUCGAGGUGCACGCCCGCGAUGUAGUGGCUAAGAUGGUGGAGGAGAAGGUCUCUAAUGCUAACGACUUUGAAUGGAUCAGUCAGCUCAGGUACUAUUGGAAGGAGGAGAACCUGUUUAUCCAGGCUGUGAAUGCGGAGUUUAGUUACGGAUACGAGUACCUCGGUAAUACACUACGUCUGGUCAUCACUCCUCUCACUGACAGAUGCUACUUGACCUUGACCGGUGCCCUUCACUUGAAGUUUGGUGGUGCUCCUGCAGGACCAGCUGGUACAGGAAAAACCGAGACGACUAAAGAUUUGGCCAAAGCUAUGGCUAUUCAGUGUGUGGUAUUUAACUGCUCAGAUCAGCUGGACUUCAUGGCCAUGGGAAAGUUCUUCAAAGGUUUAGCCAGUGCCGGAGCUUGGGCCUGUUUUGAUGAGUUUAACCGUAUUGAUAUUGAAGUAUUGUCUGUGGUAGCCCAGCAGAUUACCACCAUUCAAAAGGCUCAACAACAAAGGGUGGACAGAUUUAUAUUUGAGGGGGUGGAGCUGAUGCUCAAGCCCUCGUGUGCUGUCUUCAUCACAAUGAACCCAGGAUACGCCGGCAGAACCGAGCUCCCUGACAACCUUAAGGCCCUCUUCAGACCAGUAGCUAUGAUGGUACCAGAUUAUGCUUUGAUUGCAGAGAUUAGUUUGUUUUCUUUUGGUUUCUCUGAUGCUCGAGUGCUGGCAAAGAAAAUUGUCACCACCUUCAAACUAUCCUCAGAACAGCUCAGCUCACAGGAUCACUAUGACUUUGGAAUGAGAGCUGUAAAAUCUGUCAUCUCUGCUGCUGGUAACCUCAAGAGACAGUACCCAGAUAUGAACGAGGAACUGAUUGUACUGAGAGCCAUUAGAGAUGUCAAUGUACCUAAGUUCUUGGUGGAGGAUCUCAAGUUAUUCAGUGGCAUUGUAUCAGAUCUGUUCCCCAACAUCAAGGAGGAGCCUAUUGAUUAUGGAGCCUUGGACACUUCACUGAGGAAGAUGUGUGUUAAAGGUGGACUAAAGGACGUAGAAGGUUUUAUCAACAAGUGUAUCCAGCUGUUUGAGACUACUGUUGUCAGACACGGCCUCAUGUUGGUCGGUCCGACCGGCUCCGGCAAAACCAAGUGUUAUGAGGUUCUUAAAAAUGCGCAGACCUCAUUGAAAGGAGAAAUGUCACCAGCAGGGACAGAGUUUGAGACGACCUUGACCUACAUACUGAAUCCUAAAUCCAUCACUAUGGGUCAGCUGUACGGAGAGUUUGACCUUCUCACACACGAAUGGACUGACGGCAUUCUGUCAACACUAAUCCGUAUUGGAUCUGGAGCUACAGACCCUAAGAAGCGGUGGUACAUUUUUGAUGGCCCUGUUGACGCGGUAUGGAUUGAGAACAUGAACACAGUACUGGACGAUAAUAAGAAGCUCUGCCUGAGUAGUGGAGAAAUCAUCAAACUGACUGAGCACAUGACGAUGAUGUUUGAAGUUCAGGAUCUGGCAGUUGCCUCCCCUGCCACUGUAAGCCGCUGUGGUAUGGUGUACUUAGAGCCCAGCUAUAUCGGCCUGCCACCAUUUGUAGAGUGCUGGCUCAGAAAACUCCCAGAUGCUAUCUACCCUCACAAAGAGAAACUAGAGGGGCUCUUUGAUAAAUUCAUGGAGCCGGCUAUCCGGUUUGUCCGUAAGGAGAUGAAGGAGAUCGUCCCCACCGUAGACUGUAAUCUCGUCUUCAGCCUCCUCAAACUGAUGGACUGUUUCUUCCAGCCGUUUGUCCCUCAGGAGGGAGACAAGCCGAUCCCGCAGGCUCGACUGGACCGUAUUGUGGAGCUCAUUGAGCCAUGGUUCUUUUUUGCGCUAACAUGGUCUAUUGGUUGUACUGGGGAUAACAACAGCUGGAUUAAAUUCUCUACCUGGAUACGAGAACAAAUGAAAAAAGAAGGGUGCGAGUUGCCCUUCCCAGAAGAAGGCUUAGUGUACGACUACCGUCUGGACGAUGCUGGAAUCAGCAGUAGUGAAAAUGAUGAGAAUUUGGACGAAGAAACGGAUGUCAAAAAGGUGACAUGGAGAAACUGGUUGUAUGGAGUGCCAGAAUUUAACAUCCCUGCGGACACCAAGUUCUCUGAUAUCAUUGUCCCCACUAUAGACACCAUCCGUAGCUCUCAUCUUCUGGAGAUGCUCCUCAAAAACAAGAAAAAGGUGUUGUGUGUUGGACCAACUGGUACAGGUAAAACUUUGACCAUUGCUGACAAACUGACCACGAAGAUGCCAAAGGAAUUUCUCCCAGAAUUCAUUGUCUUCUCCGCCAAAACCAGCGCUAACCAGACACAGGACUUGAUUGAUGGCAAACUGGACAAAAGGCGUAAGGGAGUGUUUGGUCCACCUUUGGGUAAAUACUUCAUCUUCUUUAUUGACGAUCUUAACAUGCCAGCACUAGAGGUGUAUGGGGCCCAGCCUCCAAUUGAAUUGAUCCGUCAGUGGAUGGACUUCAAUGGCUGGUAUGACAGAAAGGCCAUAGGUGACUUCCGUAACUUGGUGGACGUGAACUUCUGCUGUGCCAUGGGACCACCAGGUGGGGGUAGGAACCCCAUCACUGCUCGACUGCAGAGACAUUUCAACAUCCUGGCCUUCACAGAGAUGGAGGACCCCAGUAAAAAGAAGAUCUUUGGAACCAUCCUCAAAUCCUGGAUGCCUAACAACUCUGCCCAGUACACAGAAAAGAUGGUGGAGACUUGUAUCAGGGUGUAUAACACGAUUAUUACCCAGCUCCUCCCCACCCCCGCCAAAUCUCACUACACCUUUAACCUCCGGGAUCUCUCCAAGGUUUUCCAGGGAAUUCUGAUGAUGGAACCUGCCAAGAUAGAGUCAAUUAACGACGUGUUAAAGCUGUGGUACCAUGAGAGCUGUCGAGUCUUCCAGGAUCGACUCGUCAACGAUGAAGACAGGAGCUGGUUUGAUAACCUCAUCAAAACCAACAUGAAGUCUGAGUUUAACGUGGAAUUUGAUGAUGUUGUGAAGCAGCAGCCUCUGAUAUUCGGAGACUUUAUGUCUCAGGGUGGUGACCAAAAACCUUACGUAGAGAUAGCCGAUCAUGACAAGAUGGUGAAGUUACUGGAAGAGUACUUGGAUGACUAUAACCAGAUAAACACAGCACAGAUGAGGCUCGUCUUAUUUAUGGAUGCUGUGAAGCAUGUGUCACGCAUCAGUCGGAUCAUUCGACAGCCCCUGGGUAAUGCCCUUCUGUUGGGGAUGGGGGGCAGUGGUCGCCAAUCACUCACUAGGCUAGCUGCCCACAUAAAUGAGUACGAUUGUUUCCAAAUUGAGUUGGCCAAGAACUACGGUAUAGCUGAGUGGAGGGAAGACCUGAAGACCGCGAUGAUGAAGGCAGGGCUGGAGAACAAGCCUAUGGUGUUCUUAUUCAGUGACACUCAGAUUAAGUCCGAGUCUUUCCUGGAGGAUUUGAACAAUAUUCUGAAUUCUGGCGAUGUGCCAAAUAUUUAUGCCUUUGAUGACCUGGAAAGUAUUUAUACAGCGAUGAAACCAGUGUGUCAGGACAUGGGAUUACAGCCCACCAAGACUAAUCUGUUCUCGCUGUAUACAAAAAAUGUCCGCAGUAACUUACAUACUGUCAUUACUAUGAGUCCCCUGGGUGAGAUUUUCCGAGCUCGUUUGAGACAGUUCCCAGCCCUGGUUAACUGCUGUACAAUUGACUGGUUUUCUGAGUGGCCAGCAGAUGCUCUGAGGUCUGUGGCUCUGAGGUUCCUGAUGGACAUUCCAGAACUAGACACCACUGACCAGAUUAUGGAGGGGCUGGUGGUGAUGUGUCAGGAGAUCCAGAUGUCAGUGUUUAACCAUUCACAGAAAUUCCUGGCAGAACUUUCUCGAUAUAAUUAUGUCACUCCCACAAGUUACCUGGAACUGUUAGGUAUCUUCUCUAAACUCGUGGGUAUGAAGAAGACAGAGCUAAACACAGCUCGUAAUCGGCUAAAGACUGGUCUGGACAAGCUACUGACCACUGCUGAUGAAGUGGCCAAACUGUCUGCUGAGCUGGAGACCAUGAAGCCACUGCUGGCAGAGGCAGUGAAAGAAUCGGUGGCCACCAUGGAACAGAUCUCCAAAGAUACGGUGAUAGCUAAGGAGACUAUGGAGGUGGUAGAGAGGGAGGAAGCUCAAGCUACCAUCAAAGCUAAAGAAACACAGGCCAUCGCUGAUGAUGCCCAGCGUGACCUCAAUGAAGCACUGCCAGCUCUGGAAGAGGCAGUGGCCAGCUUGAAGUCCUUGAACAAGAACGAUGUAGUGGAGGUCAGGGCCAUGACCCGACCUCCAGUGGGGGUCAAGAUGGUGAUAGAGGCUGUGUGUAUCAUGAAGGAAAUCAAACCAAAGAAAGUGGCUGGAGACAAACCAGGAGAGAAGAUCAAUGAUUUCUGGGACCCCGGGAAAGCCCUGCUGUCUGACCCAGGAAAAUUCCUGGAGAGUCUGUUUAAGUUUGACAAGGACAACAUCCCUGAUGAUGUCAUUAAGAAGAUCCAGCCUCUGAUAGACAAUCCUGACUUUACACCUGCUGCUAUUGCCAAGGUAUCCAAGGCCUGUACAUCUAUCUGCCUGUGGGUCAGAGCCAUGCACAAGUACCACUUUGUAGCCAAGGGUGUGGCUCCCAAGAGAGAGAGACUGGCCAAUGCCCAGGCCGAGCUUGCUGAGACGCAGGCCAUUCUAGAGGCAGCCAAAAUGAGGCUCCACGAUGUACAAGAAGGGAUCGCCACGCUUCAGGCCAAGUACGAGGAUUGUGUCAGGAAGAAGGACGAACUAGACCAGAAAUGUACCGAGUGUGAACAGAGACUGAUCAGGGCUGACAAGCUGAUUGGUGGAUUGGCUGAUGAGAAGGACAGAUGGAAGGAGUCUGUAGAGAAGCUGGAGUCCAUCAUUAACAACUACGUGGGGGAUGUACUAAUCUCCUCGGGAUACAUCGCUUACUUGGGCCCCUUCACUGGAAAGUACCGAUCUGACAUGCAGGAGGAAUGGGUGAGGAAACUUGAUGAGAACAAGGUCCCUCGUACCAGUGAACCCACCCUGAUUGCCACCUUGGCCGACCCCGUGAAGGUCCGCAGUUGGCAAAUUGCUGGGCUCCCCAAAGAUAACCUGUCUGUUGAGAAUGGUGUUAUUGUCAAGUAUUCCCGUAGAUGGCCUCUAUUCAUUGACCCCCAGGGACAGGCCAAUAGAUGGGUCAAGAACAUGGAGCGUGAUGCUGGUCUAGACGUGAUUAAGCUCUCCGACAAGGACUUCUUGAGAAGUUUGGAGAAUGCUGUCAGAUUUGGUAAACCUUGUCUGCUGGAGAACAUUGGAACUGAGUUGGACCCGGCCCUAGAGCCUAUUCUCUUGAAGCAGACUUUCAAACAACAAGGCAGUAUGGUGAUAAAGUUGGGAGAUGCCAUUAUUCCAUACCAUGAUGAUUUCAAGUUUUACAUCACCACUAAACUUCCCAACCCUCACUACACCCCUGAGGUCUCCACCAAGGUGACCCUCGUGAACUUCACUCUGUCCCCAAGCGGUUUGGAGGACCAGAUGUUGGGUAUUGUUGUGGCAGAAGAGAGACCCGAUCUGGAGGAAGCUAAGAAUCAGCUGAUCAUCAGUAAUGCCAAGAUGAAGCAGGAAUUAAAGGAGAUUGAGGACAAGAUCCUGGAGAGACUGAGCUCCUCCGAGGGCAGUCCUGUAGAUGACCUUGACCUUAUAGCUGUACUGGAGGCAUCCAAAAUUAAAUCACAGGAAAUUAAGGCUAAAGUGAUGGUGGCAGAGCAGACAGAGAAGGACAUUGACGUGACUCGCAGUCAGUACAUCCCUGUGGCUAUUAACACCCAGAUCCUCUUCUUCUGUGUGGCGGACAUGGCUAACAUUGACCCUAUGUACCAGUACUCCCUGGAGUGGUUCGUCAGUAUCUUCCUUGGGGGCAUCGCCCAUGCUGAGAGAGCAGAAGCUAACAACAUCAAGCAGAGAGUGUUAAACAUCAACAAUUUCUUCACCUUCAGUCUGUACAGCAAUGUCUGUCGAUCUCUGUUUGAGAAACACAAGCUCUUGUUUGCCUUCCUCUUGUGUUCCAGGAUCAAACAAUACCAGGGAGAAAUUGACAUGGAUGAAUGGCGCUUUCUCCUAGCCGGGGGUACCAGUAAACCUAAGGAGAUCCCCAAUCCUUGUGAGGAUUGGCUGUCUGACCGGUCAUGGAAUGACAUUCUGACCACUGCAGUCCUCCCUAAAUUUGCCUCCUUCCCAGAGGAAUUCAAAAAUCAUGCUGAGGGCUUCAAGAAGAUUUUUGACAGCCCUGACCCUCACCGUGAGGAGCUGCCUGGAAAAUGGAACACGGACCUUGACUCCUUCCAAAAACUGAUUGUCCUUAAGUGCCUGCGACCAGAUAAAGUGACCAAUGCUAUGCAGGACUAUGUAGCUAACAAUCUGGGUCAGAGGUUUAUCGAGCCCCAGACCGCUGACCUACAUUUAGUGUUUAAGGACUCCUCCCCGACCACUCCGCUUAUUUUUGUGCUGUCUACAGGCACUGACCCAGCUGCUGAUUUGUACAAGUUUGCCGACGAGAUGAGGUUCUCAAAGAAGCUGUCUGCCAUCUCCCUAGGGCAGGGCCAGGGACCUAGGGCUGAGGCUAUGAUGCGGAGUGCCAUGGAGAGAGGGAAAUGGGUGUUUUUCCAGAAUUGUCACUUGGCUCCCAGCUGGAUGCCGAGCUUGGAGAGAUUAAUUGAGCAGAUUGAUCCAGAUAAGGUCCACCGAGAUUUCCGUCUGUGGCUGACCAGUAUGCCCAGCGAAAAGUUCCCCGUCUACAUCCUACAGAACGGUUCCAAGAUGACCGUGGAGCCACCCCGAGGUCUGAAGGCUAACCUCCUCAAGUCUUACUCAGGAUUUACUGACGAAUUCCUCAACUCAUGUGGGGAUAAGACCAUAGAGUUUAAACUUCUGCUGCUGUCGCUGUGCUUCUUCCAUGGUGUAAUCAUCGAGAGAAGAAAGUUUGGAGCCCUCGGGUUUAACAUUCCGUACGAGUUCACAGACGGUGACCUCCGAAUCUGUGUCAGUCAGCUGAAGAUGUUUUUAAUGGAGUACAAGGAAAUUCCAUUCAAGGUGUUGGUGUACACCGCUGGCCACAUUAACUAUGGAGGUCGUGUGACAGACGACUGGGAUCGUCGCUGUAUGAUGAGCAUCCUGAACGACUUCUACAAACGAGAAGUUCUCGAUGAAGAAUUCAAGUUCUCCGAAUCGGGCAUUUACAAGCAAAUCCCACCAUCCAAUGACCAUAAUGGGUAUAUGUCCUAUGUAAAGAGCCUGCCCAUCAACGACACACCCGAGAUAUUUGCCCUGCAUGAGAACGCCAACAUCACAUUUGCCCAGAAUGAGACCAAUGCCAUGUUAACAGGCCUGUUGCUGCUUCAGCCCAAAUCCUCGUCAGGGGGAGGCAAAUCCAGGGAGGAGGUUAUGGAGGAGACAGCAAAGGAAAUCCUAGAGAAGGUCCCCAAACCAAUUCCUCUUGAUCCUCUCAUUGAGAAGUACCCAGUCAUGUAUGAACAGUCCAUGAAUACAGUACUGGUCCAGGAAGUCAUCAGGUACAACCGAUUACUGGGUGCUGUCCAUCAGUCACUACAAGAUCUACUGAAGGCCCUCAAAGGUUUGGUUGUCAUGUCUCAGGAGCUGGAAAACAUGGCCAACAGUCUCUUCAUCAACGCUGUGCCCACCAUGUGGGCCGGAAAGGCAUAUCCAUCCCUGAAGCCUCUGGCAUCCUGGGUGAUAGAUCUUGUGGCUCGAAUGAAAUUCAUUAAUGAUUGGAUUGAAAAUGGCAUGCCUUCUGUCUACUGGAUUUCUGGAUUCUUCUUUCCACAAGCUUUCCUGACAGGUACCCUGCAGAACUUUGCCAGAAAGAAGGUCAUCUCCAUAGACACCAUAUCAUGGGACUUCAAGGUGAUGAGGGAAUCCCUCUCUGAACUGACCAAGCAACCAGAGGAUGGCUGCUACAUCCGGGGCCUGUAUCUAGAGGGUGCACGCUGGGACCCCAUCAAACAGAUGUUGGCCGAAUCCCGACCCAAGGAGUUGUAUGUGGAUGUCCCAGUCAUCUGGCUUAUCCCCACAGCUAACAGAAAGAACCCAGAAAAGGGAAUCUAUGAGUGUCCGGUCUAUAAAACACUCACUAGAGCAGGUACAUUGUCCACUACCGGUCACUCCACAAACUUUGUAUUUGCUGUGGAACUCCCGACAGACCAACUCCAGAAACACUGGAUCAAGCGGGGUGUGGCCAUGUUGUGUGCCCUUAACUACUAACUGUGAUCUAUUGUUAUGGUGGACAGUUUUAUGUGUGAUAUGACAUUGGGGGAUGUGGGAUACAAGGAAUCGGGGGAUAUUUCCUGUUGUUAAGGAUCCCUCUUACUAGGGUCCUGUACCGUCUUGUCGUCUAGCCAACAAAAUCUGUGAUAAAGACAUUUUUGUUUUAUUUAUAUAUUUUCAAACACUCCGUCCAAUUUUAAAUAUUGAUUUGAGUUAACCAUUUUUUAUGGUUAUAUUUUUAUGGGGUUUUUUUGCUUCAUGUUUGAGUUGAUAUCUUGAAUUUAUACUAUAAAUAAAUCUUAUAUAAAAAAAGAAAAAUAUUUUUGUUAUGAACCAGGUACAAAAGUAGACAAGUGAAUUUACAUGUAUUUAUUUAUUGUUAUUUUGUAUAAGUAUUCAUACACACUGAUUGUAAGCUACUCUACAGAGCAUUUCGACCAACAGAGAGAUUUUAAUUAAUUGUGUAAAGACCAUAUGCUGCCAGGGGCCUGAAACGUUCUCAUUUUUUCUCUGUUUUCUGUGUAAACCUUCAAUAAUCCGAUAAUCAAUUUCGGCAACAGCUUUCAAAAAUUUAAAACCUUUUGAGCAAAACUAAUAUUUUAUUUACUCUAUAUUACUCUAUAUAUGAAAUUGUUUUUAUACUUUUAAUUCAUUCAAAAUUGUUGAAUGUUUGGAGUUAAAAUAAAAUUUUUGAUUGAAUUUUUGGAAUAAGAAUAAAAUUUUUGAUUCAAAUUGAUAAAA